ACAAGUCGUCGUCCUCAAACCAACAGGGGGUAAAAUCUAGGGUUUUAUCAAUUUCACAGAGAAAGAAAGAGGGGUUUUGCAAUUGCAGAAGCAGAAGCGAUAAUCAGUGAAAAAAUGGAGGGAGCAGGAGAAGAAGGAAUUGAUAGGAUGGAAGACUCCAAGGACUUGCGGCAACAGAGCAAGGCCUUCGAUAAGCUCACUGACCGCGUCGAAGAUCGCCAGCUCGACUCCACCCGUGUCCAGGAGGCCAUGGCUUCCAUCGCCGCCACCUCCGAAGCCGAUUUGGAAGCCAUGCGUAAAAGGGAGAAAGAAUUGGCGACUGUGAAGAUCAAUCCACGCGAUGUCGAGAUAAUUGUGAAUGAACUAGAGCUGGACAAGUUGGUCGCUGAGAGGACCUUGAGGGAGCACAAAGGUGAUGCUGUUGCCGCCAUUCGACACUUGCUUCUGUAGAGAUACACUGCCCUUUUAGGGCCUAUGAAUAUGUUGCAAGGAUUUGAGUUUUCCUGUUUUGAUUGCUAAUGGGAUUGGAAGAUACAUUAAUGCACUGAAAU